CGCUGAGCAAGAUAUAACAGCAUAAUAGAUGUUUAUUUAAAUUUCGUUUGACAUUUACCUGAGUUUCUUAAAUUUCGCCUGUUUAUUAUCCCAAGGUUGAAAAUUGCAAAAGCUGAUUUCGAAAAGUAAUUUUUCAAAUAUGAUGCAGUUUAUUCGACCAAACUUGAUCUUUCUUUUCCUUUUUUACCCCUUCAUAAUUGACGAUGCCUCGUCUUACGAGUCUUUCGAGUUCAUUUUGCCAGAUCCCAAAUCAGAAAAGGGAGCUGAAUGUCGCAAUUUAAACAUCUACUUCUGCAUGACUCGAUUUGUGACUUCGAGUGUCAACAGUUCUCGUGUUGCUCUGUGGAAUGACACAAUAGAGAUUGAGGUGCUAAGUCGAUACAACUACAGAAGCAUUAAUUGGUACUCAUUCGAUGAAUCUGAGAACACAGCAUGCUGCAAAUUUCAGAUCCGAACCUAUGAAAUGUUUGGUCAGGACCAUGGAAUAUCUCCUCAAGACUACAUGAACAAAAUGACAGAUUUUUCUAGCGAUGGAAAACUCUUACGACACCUCAAGGUCCGUUACGACGACUAUCUUUGCGCGAACGUCAUCAUUGGAAUAAGUUAUGGCACCAUACGUCACAAAAUUACAGUAUUUGGAGGUCACCCAGAUGCUACUUUCAUUGUUCCGUUACCUUAUGUAGGACAUCAUGUGAUAACAUUCGAAAGGAGCUUACUGAAAGAUACGCUGACCUUUGAUUGGUUCAAGCUGAAUGUGUUCUGCCCUGGGCAACCAUGGAUUUGUAUGAAGUAUCCCGUGAUAGCGCAGCAAAUCUGAUAAUCUUGUGUUUUUUUAAUUG